AUGAGGGCGGGCGACGGGCGCGUUCCGAGACCCCGGAAGUUUCUCUCAGCGGCCCGCACGCUGGUGCGAGCUUGUCCCGCGCGGCCUCAGGUGUCGCGUCCCCGUCGGUCAUACCUGCCCAGGUCGGAGGGUCGCCCGGAGGACUUUUCAGAGAACCCGGAAAGAGGCGGAGAUGGAGAAAGGGUCUGCAAGCUUUGGGCUGAUGUUGUGUGGCCAGGAGCAGAUUCUGCUCAUAGCCCAGGAUCCUGGCGGCCAGGUGUGGCGUCCCAUAGAAAGCCAGACGGUAAAAGGCUGAAGGCAACAAACGGCACUUCCGCCCUGCUCCGCUACGUGACCUACAGCUGGCUCUUCUCUCAGAAUCAAGCCUUCAACGUUGUCAAUCAGGGCCUGAAGGAGGUCCGUCCACUCAGAGCGCGAGGGAUCGAGCCUCAUCCAAUCAGAGCCGGGGGCGGGCGCGUCCCCUCUUGCGGGGACGUCGCUCUCCGCCUCCUGGACGUCCAGCGCGCCUCAUGGGGUCCAGGUGUCCCAUCGCUGUCCCUCUUACCUGCGCGGGCGGUCGGGCCUCAGGGCCGCGGAGAGGACGUCGUGAGAACCGAGAGCGGGGCUGAGAUGGACUCGGUGGUUUUUGAGGACGUGGCUGUGAACUUCACGGCAGAGGAGUGGGCUUUGCUGGACCCAGCUCAAAGGAAGCUCUACAGAGACGUGAUGCUGGAGACCUUCAGGAACCUGGCCUCCGUGGAUACUGAAACCACCACUAGGUGAAUGAAGUAAACUGCAUGAUUCCCACAAGCACGUAGACCCCAGACCAAUUGGAACCAGAAGGUUUAUGAUGUUCACGCCUGAUUACCUCACCACCAACCAAUCAGAAGAACGUCACCAGCUGAUCACGCACACACACCACCCCCUCCCUCACCCCAUCUUUAAAACCCUUUCCCUGAAAACUACUGGGGAGUGAGUCUGGGGCUUUUGAGCACUAGCUGCCUGGACUCCUGGCUUGGCGCCUGCGAUAAACACUGCCCUUUCCUUCACCAAAACCCGGGUCAGUAAACUGGCUUUACUGCCCGCAAGUGAGCACACCCAAUUUGGUUCGGUAACAUCCCCUUUAUCCUGAAAUACUUACGUGGCUGUUCCGAAACAGCCAACUAGGAGGUUUUGCUAGUGAAAGGGCGCCCUCUUGUGGUCACUACUUUUCUCCACUGAACGCUUUCUUUGUAUAUUGUGGAUACAAUUUGUCAGUGUCUGUUUCACAAAUAUCUUCUUGCUGCGGCUUGCCUACUUGCUUUCUUCACAGUGCCUUUCAAUGAGCAAAUGUUUAAAAAUUUAAUGACCUACUUGAUCUUUCCUUUGUGUGUAUUUGCCACAUUUUGUAUCCUAGCUAAGAAA